ACGAUUUGUCUCUUGCUCGCUUACAAGAUCAAGUUCCCUGAAAACUUCUUCCUUCUUAGAGGAAACCACGAGAGUGCUUCAAUCAAUCGUAUCUACGGCUUCUACGACGAGUGUAAACGCCGUUUCAGUGUCAAGAUUUGGAGAAUCUUCACCGAUUGCUUCAACUGUCUCCCCGUGGCUGCACUCAUCGACGACAGGAUUCUAUGUAUGCACGGUGGGCUCUCCCCGGAGCUGCGUAGCUUGAGACAGAUUAGGGACAUUCGCCGUCCAACUGAUAUUCCUGAUCGUGGUUUACUCUGUGAUCUCUUGUGGUCUGAUCCUGAUAAAGUGGUUAGAGGAUGGGGUCCUAACGAUCGUGGAGUUUCCUACACUUUUGGAUCGGAUACAGUAUCCGAGUUUCUCAAAAGACUCGAUCUUGACCUAAUCUGUAGGGCUCAUCAGGUUGUUGAAGAUGGGUUUGAGUUCUUUGCGAAUAAGCAGCUCGUGACGAUAUUCUCAGCGCCGAAUUACUGUGGAGAGUUCGACAAUGCAGGUGCGAUGAUGAGUGUAGACGAGGAUUUGAUUUGCUCUUUUCAGAUCUUAAAACCUAAUGAGAAGAAAUCAAAAUUCAGCUUCGGAAGUAGAGGUGGUGUUAAAACUGGCUUCCCUUAUCCUAAAGUCAAGUCGAUCUUGAGUUCGCAGAGUUCGAAGCAAUACAACUAGUUGAGACUUGAGUGGUUCUGAAAGCGUACAAGUUUCACAUACUGUUGUUGGUUCCAUAGCACUGAGCAUAAGAGCUACUUAGCAAUCAUGCUACCGUAACAACACCAUAUCAUGGCCAGAGAGCAAGAGGAUUUUUGAAUUGCGUACUUUUGGAAGCUUCUGUUACUUUUUGGGUUGUUUAUAACUUUGCGUGUUUGUUUCUCGAUGUAGUUUUGUUUGUAAUUGUAUUAAAUUUGAAUAAAACCUGUUUUCUU